AUGUCGUCCCAUUUAAACUGGAUGAUCAUCCGUAACAACAAUGCUUUUCUUCUCAAGAAGAGAAACAUCAGCAAACCCUUCUCAACGGAGCCAAACAACUUGACAAACUUGAGCAGCUACCGCUACUCAGGUCUGGUCCACCGCAAAACCGUUGGAAUUGUCGACACUCCAGACAAGAAAGGUUUCACGGUAGUUUACAAGAAGCCAAAGGCUGCCACCAAGCCAGCUAAAGCUACCAUCAGACGGACAAUGAAAGCCGGAGCUCGUCGUUCUCUCUACAAGUUGAAGAACUUGUUAUCAUGCAACAAAUACCGUCGUGAUCUUAUCAAGCCAGCUCUUCGUCGUGCAAGUGCUGUCCUCCGAUCGCAGAAACCACUCCCGGCUAAGAAGACCCGUGCUCCUAAAAAAGCUGAUUAA